CAGGCAGCACCAAAGACGGGCAAGUGCGACGCGGUGCAGCUUCCAGAAUCCAGAACAGAACAGAACUUGUCUUUCCGGAGAUGCCGGCAAUGUCAGGUCGGCUUAGCUCAUCCAGUUUCUUUAUCCAUCCGUCUCCAUUUCCAUGUCCAUCUCCAAAUCUCUGAUAUCCAUUUCCCCUCCCCGCAGCGAAUCAGUGAUGCGUGCGGUCAUUGCGUUUGCGCAAAGGGAGGAGCCUGCCCCUCUUCCCCUCCGAAUAUACACAGUGUUGCAGCACACCACACCACCCCAACCUUCCAAGGCCGCGCUCGGCCGCUCCAAACUCGGUCAGACUCAGCCCAAACAACCCAUCCCAGACUAUCUCAGGCCAACACACGAGACCGCACCAUGCAAGCGUGUAGUCAGCAGCAUGGUUUGGCAGCUUUCAGAGGCACCUUAGCCCAUCCGGCAUUUAGCCAUCUGCGUCACAUUGGCUCUGCCUACCUAAGUACCUGCCCAUCUGUGGUAACUUGUCUGUUGACCAACCUUUACCUUGCUUGCUACCUAGCUACCUACCAUCCGUCGUCACAUUAUCCUUUUUCUAAACUGGCAAACCUACGGACCGCCAUGACAUCGCAUCCGUAAUAGCUCCCAGUUCCUCUUCAAGACGCCCGCCGACCCAACCCAACGACGAACGAAGACCGCGACCACCUUACAAAUACUCGGCCACCGGUGGCCGAACACGAGCAGUCUCCUAAGCUGCUACGCACCCCACUCUCGGUGGCUGUGAUCGACCGUCUCCUCCCCCGUCCUGACCCCGCCGGACCAGGCAUCCCCCCGGCUUCCGACUUGUCCAGCUGCUUGCUUGUCUCACAUGCCAGUUUGCACGCGACACUACGACAUAACCCUCUAGGCCCGCAACCAAGUUCUUCUCGGUCAAACACCACGUAACUGCCCUCUCGACACCGGCCGACUACGCCCCUCGAUCCUCACCCUCCUCCUCCUUCUCCUCUCCCUAUCCGAUGAACGACCCUCUGCGUUCAACCUCGUUGCCGGCCUUCCCAUCGAACCAGCAAACACAUACCGCCAUCAUGGCGACCGACGUCCACGAGAAAAUCGACCCCGAGCAGGUUCCCGCGGCGGCCCCGAAGGCCGGCUUGACUAGGAAACCGAGCGACCCCCAUCCGGCCGGCCGGGUCAAGUACAGCUUCCCCAUGCAGCUCCUUCGUGGACUGACCUUUGGCCUCUACUUCGCCGCCUGCUGUCUUGCCAUCAUCACGACCCAGAUGCUCGGCAUCCCGCUAUACUUUUACAACCGCGAAAUGUUCUACGCCUACAUGGCCUUGACGAAACAGUCAUUUGGCCUGACCAUCACGGCCAUGACGCACAUGUGGAGCAACAGUACGAUACGCAUAAGCGGCGACAAAUCUAUGAACGGCCAGAUCAGAAAGACGCCUGACGGCAGGGUCGAGUUCAACUUCCCUGAGCGCCUCGUUCUGGUCGCAAACCACCAGAUCUAUACCGACUGGCUGUACCUCUGGUGGGUGGCCUACGCAAACGCCCCGAGCAUGCACGGCCACAUCUACAUCAUCCUCAAGGAGUCGCUCAAGUACAUCCCCGGCGUCGGAAUCGGCAUGAUGUUCUACGGCUUCAUCUUCAUGUCGCGCAAGAUGGCCACCGACCAGCCCCGUCUGGCGCAUCGCAUCGACAAGCUCAAGACGCGCCACGUCGCCGCCAACGGCAAGGAGUACCUCAACCCCAUGUGGCUCCUCCUCUUCCCCGAGGGCACGAACUUGUCCACCAACGGCCGCCGCAAGUCGGCCGCCUGGGCCGCGAAGAUGGGCCUCAAGGACCCGGAGCACGUGCUCCUCCCGCGCAGCACCGGCACCCUUUUCUGCCUCAGAGAGCUGAAGGGCUCGCUCGAGUACAUCUACGACUGCACCGUUGCCUACGAAGGCGUCCCCCGCGGCAAGUUCGGUGACCAAUACUUCUCCCUCAUCAGCACCUACUUCCAAGGCCGGCCCCCGCGCUCCGUCAACUUCCACUGGCGGCGCUUCCGCCUCGCCGACAUUCCCCUCGACGACGCAAAGGCCUUCGACGCCUGGCUCCGCGAGCGCUGGUACGAGAAGGACGCUCUCAUGGAGGAGUACCUGUCUACCGGCCGCUUCCCCGCGAGCCCCGACAUCGAGGGCGGCCAUCUCGAGACCGAGGUCCGUCUGAAAAACUGGUUCGAGCUGGGGCAGAUCUUUGUUGUAGUCGGCACCGCCGGCAUCAUCUGGCGCAUGAUCAUCAACGCCAUCGCGAGGUUCGCCUCGGUUCUUUAAGUGACUUUAGGGUGUGGAGGACUGCGCUGCAGCUGUUGGUGGCGAGGGCGUCAAGGUCUGGCGCGUGAGUCAUCGGGCGGCGGGAGGGGGCAGUUGGUUACGCGUACAUAACUCGGCACGGUGAUUCCCACGGAGAGGCUAUUGAUUAGCGAGCGAUCUCAUUACACGGAAAUAUUCGGGCUGGUUCUCGGCGGGUCGGUGCACUGGGUGUUUGGAUUGAUUUUCUCUGUGCUUUUUGACGACGCGGGCGCUUCGCGCGUUCGCAUGCUGCAAUACAGGGCUCAUGGCCCAUCUCAACGGCCGGGUUGUAUCUGUUUUUAGCGCGCAGUCUCACUUCAUCGAUGGCGCGUAUUGUCCUUCAAUCUUUCGUCAA